AUGGCGAGGACAGCAGAGUCGGCCGCUCUCAAGGCCGAGAAGUCUUCAAAGAAGCGCAAGCUGAGCGACGUCGAGGACCCUGUCGAUCAGCAGGAAGCCGAAGACAAGGCCGCACGUAAGGCCGCUAAGAAGGCGAAGAAGGAAGCCAAGGCAAAGGAGGCUGGGGAGCCAGUCGCUAGCGACAAGAAAGAGAAGAAGGACAAGAAGUCGAAGAAGUCGAAGUCUCAGCCCACACCCGCCGCCGACGAGGACGCAGUGACCGAGGAUGCCGCAAAAAUAGAGAAGAAGAAGAAGAAAGCCCAGAAGGCACAGAAGAAGCUCGACGAGGCAGGGAAGAAAACGAAGGAGGAGAAGAAGGCUUCCAAGAAGUCCAAGAAGGAGAAGGUCGAGAAAGAGGAAGCCUAUGAACACGAAGACGCAGAUGCAUCCGACGACGAGUCUGCUGAGCAAGAGGAGGGGUCAGCUAAGCGCGAGAAGUUUAUCUGCUUCAUCGGCAACCUCCCCUUCACAGCGACCAAGGCCGAAGUCGAGGCGCACUUCGCGUCGCUGAAGCCGUCGGCGGUGCGGCUGCUGACGGAGAAGGACAACCCGGGCAAGUCGCGGGGGAUCGCGUUCGUCGAGUUCGACAACUACUCGCACAUGAAGACGUGCCUGGCCAAGUUCCACCACACCGAGUUCACGGACGCGCAGGGCAGCACGCGGCGCAUCAACGUCGAGCUGACGGCGGGCGGCGGCGGCAAGACGGCCGCGCGCAGCGACAAGAUCAAGGCCAAGAACCUCAAGCUCAACGAGGAGCGCGCCCGCCGCAUGCAGGCCGAGGAGGAGGCCAAGGCCCUCGAGGGCAAGGGCAAGUCGGCCGAUCAGCAGCAGCAGCAGCAGCAGCAGCCCGAGCAGCAGGACGAGGACUGGGUCCACCCUAGUAGGAGGGCGCAGAUGAACUCCGGCGAGGCGGACGACGCGGACGACUUUGACAGCGGCAACCGGGGCGGCCGUGGCGGUCGUGGUGGCCGGGGAGGCCGUGGCGGUCGUGGGCGCGGCGGUCGUGGGGGUCGUGGAGGUCGUGGGGGUCGCGGAGGGCCGCGCCGAUGGUAG